AUGUUUCCAUUAACUGGGAAAACAAUCGUCUUUGACAGCUUCCCCGAUCCCUCAGAUACAUGGGAGAUUAUUGAAACCAUUGGGAAAGGGACAUAUGGCAAAGUCUUCAAAGUAUUAAACAAAAAAAAUGACAGCAAGGCUGCAGUUAAGAUCCUGGACCCAAUCCAUGACUUCUUUUUACUCAUGAGUGAGAUGUGGAUAUUGCUCACUGAGUUGUGCAACGGAGGAUCUGUGACCGAUCUUGCCAAAGGGUUGUUAAAACGAGGUGAGAGAAUGAGCGAACUGAUUAUUGCCUACAUCCUGCAUGAAGCCCUCAUGGGUUUGAAACAUUUGCACAACAACAAGACAAUUCAUCGAGACAUCAAGGGCAACAACAUCCUAUUAACAACAGAGGGAGGCAUCAAACUUGUGGAUUUUGGUGUUUCAGCUCAGUUAACUAGCACUCGUCUGCGUUGCAACACAUCUGUUGGAACCCCUUUCUGGAUGGCCCCAGAGGUAAUAGCAUGUGAACAACAGCUGGAUUCCAGUUACGAUGUACGAUGUGAUGUUUGGUCCUUGGGUAUAACAGCCAUUGAACUUGCAGAUGGUAACCCACCACUAACAGAUCUACAUCCAAUGAGGGCACUUUUCAAGAUACCCAGAAAUCCACCUCCAAAACUGCAUCAGCCGGAGCUGUGGUCAGAAGAAUUUAAUGAUUUUAUUGCCAUAUGCCUCAUUAAAGACUUUGAACACCGCCCGACUGUCUCCAAUCUCCUGGAACAUCCCUUUAUCAUACAAAUUCAAGGAAAAGAGAAGGCCCUGCAGAAACAAUUAAUGGAACUCAUAGACCUUCACCAACAAAUGGGUGCCAUUGAAAAGACAAGGCAUGAACGUAUCCACACAAAGAAGGGCCUACACAUGAAGAGUAACCCCAUUUCAAAUCUGGUUAAUACAGAUGAUCUUGCUACACUUGAAGUGUUAGAUGAAAAUACAGUCACUGAGCAGCUGCAAAAGCGUUACAGUGAGGAACAGAUAUAUACCUACGUCGGAGACAUCCUUAUUGCUGUUAAUCCAUUCCAGAAACUCAAUAUCUAUUCAUCAGAGCAUUCCAGGCAGUACAUUGGUGCGAAGCGUACUGCCAAUCCACCCCACAUCUUUGCUGUGGCUGACAUUGCCUACCAGGCUAUGGUCACUUACAACUCAGAUCAGUGCAUUGUGAUCAGUGGAGAAAGUGGCGCUGGGAAGACUGAAAGUACCCACUUCUUGGUUGAGCAACUCACUGUCCUUGGAAAGACCAACAACAGGAUACUGCAGGAAAAGAUUCUCCAGGUAAACAACUUACUCGAAGCGUUUGGGAACGCCUGCACUGUAAUCAACAAUAACUCUAGCAGGUUUGGCAAGUAUUUGGAGAUGAGGUUUACCAGUGGCGGGACAGUCGUGGGGGCUCAGAUCUCAGAGUACCUGCUAGAGAAGUCAAGAGUCAUCCAUCAGGCUCCGGGAGAGAAAAACUUCCACAUUUUCUAUUAUAUCUAUGCUGGCCUGGCACAGCAGACAAAGCUAGCCCAUUAUAAGUUGUCCAAAGGUCAACCGCCAAGGUAUCUUCAGGAUGAGAAAAUUACAACGAUGGAAGAGAUUAUAACCAAUUCUUUCUACAAAGCCCAAUUUGAAGCCCUCGAGCAAUGUUUCAAAGUCAUUGGUUUCACCCUGGAGGAACUGGGGAACAUAUACAGCAUUCUGGCAGCCAUCUUGAAUAUUGGUAACAUUGAGUUCACCUCAGUUGUGACAGAACACCAGACAGACAAAAGCAAUAUUGUUAAUCUUGCAAUGCUUGAAAAUGCCUCUUCAUUGCUCUAUAUCCAAACUGAUGAGCUGCAGGAAGCUCUCACAUCUCAUUGUGUAGUGACUCGAGGAGAAACAAUUGUGCGACCUAAUACAGUAGAGAAAGCUACUGAUGUCAGAGAUGCGACAGCCAAGGCUUUGUACGGUCGUCUGUUCAGCUGGAUAGUCAACCGCAUCAAUACCUUACUAAAACCAGAGACGUUUCUGAGUGACAAUGCUGACAGUGCAGACAGAGGAAUCGAUAUUGGAAUUCUUGAUAUUUUUGGCUUCGAGAACUUUAAGAGAAAUUCUUUUGAACAGUUAUGCAUUAAUAUUGCCAAUGAACAGAUUCAGUUCUACUUCAAUCAACACAUCUUUGCAUGGGAGCAGAAUGAAUAUCUGAAUGAAAAUGUGGAUGCCCGCCUAGUUGAAUAUGAAGACAAUCGACCACUGUUGGAUAUGUUUCUGCAGAAACCUGUGGGCCUUCUGUCACUGCUCGAUGAAGAAAGUCGCUUUCCUCAAGCCACUGACCAGACACUUGUAGGAAAGUUUGAAGACAAUCUGAAAUCAAACUAUUUCUGGAGACCAAAAACGGUUGACUUAAGCUUUGGAAUUAAUCAUUAUGCAGGAAAGGUUCUUUACAACGCUGGUGGCUUUCUAGCAAAGAAUCGAGACACUUUGCCAGCAGAUGUAGUCCUGUUGUUGAAAUCUUCUGACAAUAAAAUUACGAGGCAGGUUGUAACACACCCACUUACAAAAUCAGGAAAUCUGUCUCACUCCAAGGGAAAAGGUGCAACAGUCCCUCGAGUUCGAACUCCUCAGCGUUCUAUGAACCACGCAAAGGUACACCAGGAGCUUUGAGUACUCUAUGUGUUUCUUAAAUAUUAUCAUGUGGAACAACUGAAUCUCAUCAAGAAAGAAAUCACAGAUCGUAUAGUGCUGGUACAGGCCUAUGUGAAAGCCUGGCUUGGAGCUAAAAGGUACAGAAGGAUACAAGAGAAGAGGCAACAGAGUGCUGUUGCCAUUCAGUCAGCUUAUAGAGGGCACAAGGUGAGGAAGGACAUUGCUACUGAAAAACAGAAGCUAUUACAGACCAUCAUUAAAAUCCAAGCUGCUGCAAGAGGAUACCUGUGCAGAAAAGAAUACAAAGAGAUGAUGGAGGAAAAGAGAAAUGCUGCAGUUAAAAUCCAGGCUCACUACAGAGGCUAUGUGGACAGGAGGAACAUCAACAUGAAAAUGCAAGUCCUAGGGUAUGACACCAAUAUCUCUGAUCAAGAAAGGAACAUAGUAGAGGGUGACAGAAUCAAGAACAAUCAAGCAUCCAAUAAAGGCAUUAAAGACAAACUUGGGGAAAAUAUGGAAAGAACAACAUUAGGCCAUGCCACAACCAUGUCGGAUGUGAAAGGUGAAGAAGGCAGAGGUCCAAAAGUUAUUCAUGGCAACCAAGAAAAAAAACAAAGGGAGGAAGAUGACACUAAAGCUGCGAUUGUUAUUCAAAGCAAUUAUCGAGGUCACCGGGAAAGAAAAAAACAACAAGAGAACAAGGUGCCUGUUAAAACAAAAGAAAUCAAAGCGUUAAACAAAGGAAUUCAGAAACCACACUUUGUAGCUAAUGGGGAUCCAAAUGAAGAACCACGUGCCACAGGUAUUCACAGCAAGACCAGAGAACAUAAAAACCAAAAGGAGAAGGGGAAAUUAGAUGGCCGUGGAGACUUGACAAUCCAAGACAAAUCCACAACAAUCAGUUCAAAGGAGGAUGAAGAACAUGCAGCAGUCAAAAUUCAAAGCAAUUACAGGGGCUUUAAGGAAAGAAAACAAAUUCAAGAGAAUACUAAGAGAGAAGGGGAAAUGUUUGCUACCUUUUCAAAGCAGAUAACAAAACGUUCUGAGGAAUUCUUGAUGGCUCAGAAGAAGCUGAAUGAGGUUCUUGGCUCACAAUAUCUAACAUUUAAAAACCAGAAUCCACCACCUGAGAAAAAACCACCUGAGGAAAAACCACCAAAUCAGAAAUCUUCAUCACCAGGUCCCAAUAAAAAAUCUGAUCAGAAACAGCAAAGAACCCCCAGGCGAACACAGCCACCAAAGACAUUAAAUACACCUGAAGACAGCACCUACUACAACCUCAUUCACAGGUCUGUGCAAGAUGGCAAGAGAAGACCUCGGAAAGACAGCCAAGUCAAGUUGCUGGAUGCAGAUGAUCGUUACUACAAACAAAUUACACCCAGUGAUUCACUCUCCAAGGAGAAUCAUGUUGAAGCAACAGGGAGAAUGCCACCUGCACAAGCCAGGUCCACAACACCCAACCAUUCCAACAGCUCAUCACCUCCAAAAGAAGGCUGUCAAGAUGAAGAUAACCCAUAUGACUAUAGGAAAUUGCUACGAAAAACAUCCCAAAGGAAUCGUCUUAUUGAGCAGUGUUAA